CCGAGGUGCUCCUCGUUGCCGACAGAUUGGGAGGCGUCGCGACCAGACCCUCGAACGAUCAUUGGUGUCCAUCACUCACAGCUGUGAUCCUCGCGACAGAAAUGUCAAGUGAUACGUGACGUCGUGUACAAUACCUUAAGUUGUUAAUUACCAGAGACACCUGACGGGUAGGAGAGAGACCUUGUACUGUCAGGCAGCAGGGCAAGGACAGGGCCCACAGAGACAGUGAGUGAGACAGACAGACAGAGCCGUGUGUAUGGUGGCGAGGCCCUGGACCAUACAACAGUGAGUGCCGUGUUGACCGUGGAUGGCCCGGGUGUUGGUGAGUGAGUGACACACGGAGGCCACCGCUGCCACACACAACACGACAACAUCCGCAGACAUGAUGAGCGCCUUCCCGUACCCGGCCAUGUUGGGGGUGCAGCACCUGAUGGGCGGGGACAUGCGCCCCGCCUCCCAGCUCGGCCCCGCCCGCCGCCCCGACCAUGACCCCACCACGCCCACGCCCUACUAUCACCGCGACGCCCACCACGCCCAAACCAGAGACGACCACACUGCCGCCCGUGACUCCAUGCAGCAGCUACUGCGUAAUGACCUUCUGGGUCUCAACCGCAGCCAGAUGGUGUCACGGGACCUACCGCGGGACAUGGCCGGGGCGGCCGGUCAGGACGAAGCGGGAGUCCCACGGAGCCUACCUUCCCUCCAGCAGCUAGACCACUCUAUGGCCGGCAACAUAGAGAACCAGGAUCCCGCCAGUGGUCGCGGGUCGCCUCCCGUCAAGGAAGAAAGGGAUCCCCGCGAUGACGGCACCGGUGGCUCGUGCAGUGACGAUGAUACCUCCCGCGGCCCGGGUUCCCAGGCGGGAGCCCUCACGUCCACUGGGAAGAAAGUUCGUCAGCAGAAACACGUGAGACUCUCUAUUAAUGCACGGGAGCGGCGACGGAUGCACGACCUGAACGACGCACUAGACGAGUUGCGCUCUGUUAUUCCCUAUGCUCAUUCCCCCUCCGUUAGGAAGCUCUCUAAGAUCGCCACGCUCUUACUGGCUAAGAACUUCAUCUUGAUGCAGUCCAAUGCUAUCGAGGAGCUGCGGCGCGUCGUGACCUACCUGAAUCAGCCAGGAGCCCACUUGCCGCAUCUGCCACCCUCAGUAGCCUUUGACACAGGUACCGGUCUGGGGACGGAGGCUGUCCUACCUACCACAGCAGGCUUCCCUCGCCUCCCCCCACAGAGCCACAACCCCAGCCCGCCUCGGAAUAACAAACUGCAGCAGCCACUCUUUACCGACCCCUCGCCGCCCUACAAGUCUCAGUCAUAACGAGGCUGGUGCACCAGGAGGCGGCGAGGGCGUGGCAGGGGGCAGGAGCACCCACAAGGCGAGACACAAGUGGGAAACCACACAACAGCCAUCUCUCCCCAGUAGUUCUUCAGGUUGUGCAUCCGCCGCCUCUCCCGUGCGUUGACAGGCAGCCAUGUCGGAAUUUCACUUAGAAAACGAUAUAUUUAUCCGCUUAUCUCUUGAAGCCCCACCAACAUUAUCACUCUCUUCACCUCCACCAUACUGUCUCUUUCUUCAUUAAGUUUCAAAUGUAAAACAUUAACACUGCAUCUCAGUGUUUAAUACUGUUAUCGCGACAUUUGGCUGCCGUUUCUUAUUGAUAAACCUUGUUACUAUCUGAACCACCGACUGAUUUCAGUGACGUUUUUAUAGUUUCCACCACCGUCUGUCCCUCAUGUCUCACUUCUCUUCAUUCUUCAUAUACUAUUUUUUUUUGUUAAACUAUAGAUAUUUUUAAGUAUUUAAACUGUGGCCGCAUUGUUUCCUUUUUUUUUCUUCUACGUUUGCUACUGUCUCUAAAUUUUAUUCCAGGUUUUCUCUCUUACUUUCUUCCUCUUGUCUCCUCCAUACUCCCCUUUAGUCACGCGUUCCGAGUUAUUCCUCCAUGCGUCUACUCCCCCGUCAACGAGUCCCUCCGUGUCUUCGUCAACGACUCCCUCCAUUAAUUUUCCCUCCAUGAGGACGAUUUUCUUUCUUCACGUUGAGGAAGGUGACAACCUCCCUGAGUGACCCCGACCAGUGCAGCCCUCCACCCCCUGGUAUGUACUGUAGCAUCAUGUACUCCCCUCCCCUCACUCUCUCGACUUGAUGCUUCGUGGAACAAGUGUAUGUGAAAUGUGUUUAUAAAUUUUGGACGUGUGACCAGCCAGGAUGAGCUAGUUUGUCGGGAUCGUGUGUGGAUAGUUUGUUUGUCAGAUCAGUGUGAAUAGCAGACAACCAAGUCAGCAUGACUAGCUAGCCUUUUCUGUGUACAGUUAUUGUCAAGAUAAAUGUAAUUUUUCACACAGAGAUACUUCAAGUUUAUUUCUAGUCCCUUGCACAAUGACAAAUCUAUGAGUGUGUGCCCUUUGUAAAUAAUGAUAAGAGUAUUGUAUGUAUUGUAUAUUGAAGGGUCAAGAAUAAAGUGAUGUUAUUAAUAAA